AUGUACCCAGGAGCAGCGAGGGGUAACAACCACCUGCCAGCGCAAAACUUUGUGUCUGCUCCACCCUAUUCAGAUUACAUGGGAUACCAUCAUGUGCCAACUCUGGACACCCACGGACAGCCUGCGGCAGCCUGGGGAGCUCCCUACGGCCCACAGAGGGAGGACUGGAACGCUUACGGCCCAGGACCUUCCAGCACCGUGGCUGCUGCCCAGAUCAAUGGCUCGUCUCCUGGACAGGUCUCCUACAGCUCUGCGGAUUACAGCUCCCUCCAUCCUGCUGGAGCUGGGGGGUUACCUCCUGUAGAUACAAUUAAUACACAGCAAAUCUCUCCCAACAGCCAAAGGCACAGCUCUUACGAAUGGAUGAGGAAAACGGUCCAAGCUAACACUACAGGUAAAACAAGAACAAAAGAAAAAUACCGAGUUGUUUACACAGAUCAUCAGAGACUAGAAUUAGAGAAAGAAUUUCACUGCAACAGAUAUAUUACAAUCAGGAGAAAGUCAGAACUUGCAGCAAACCUGGGACUAUCUGAAAGACAGGUGAAAAUUUGGUUCCAGAAUCGACGAGCAAAAGAAAGAAAAAUGAUCAAGAAGAAAAUAUCUCAGUUUGACGGCAGCGGGGGCUCAGCUCAGAGUGACUCUGGCUCACUCAGUCCAAAUGAAAUAUCUAGCUCUCUGUUCCCGCCACCACACGGAAUAAACGGAUUACAGCCUAAUGACAUUCACCAAGUCAUAGUUUCAGAAUGAACAGAGGGGGGGUAAAAAAUAAGGAAAAAAA